AUGUUACUCUUAGACGCUAUUCCACAAAUUGAAGCCAAGGAGUUCUUCAUUGGUGGCAUUAAACUCAAGGUUUUCAACACAGAGUGCUUGGCUCCCUUCGUGGAAAAGUGCAACAAGAGCGUGGGUACCGCAGAUAUCAAGAUCAAUGUUCUUUACUUGCUUCACCAACGUGGCGGCGACGAAUCUUAUACGAGCGCAGUUGCUCAACAUAUCAUUCAAGACUUUACCAAGGCUAAGGACUUGCCAUUGAUUGCAGUGACGUUUGACCUCCGCAACCAUGGUUCUCGUGUGGUGGACGAGGCAAAGAAUGAAGAUUGGGCUGCUGGGAACGAUACCCACGCCAUUGACAUGAUUUCUGCCAUCAACGGGAAUGUGGCAGACUUGAAACUUAUAGUGGACUUCUUGCCCAGCUUGCUUGACUUGGAUCCUUUGAACGACGACCCAGACUUGCCUAUCAAGUUUAACAACAUUGUAGGCGGCUACUCGUUGGGUGCUCAUGUGGCCAUCCGUUUUGCCAAUGCCCAUCCUGACCUGGUAUCCAUCAUCAACCCAACAAUUGGAAGCUACGAUAUGACGUCUUUGCUUAUCAACAGGUUGAAAAAGACAAGCAACUUCGACAAGAAGUGGUUCUACUGUAACUACGACGAGCUUGACUUAACUGCCGAGGAGAAGAAACUCUACCCUGAAGCUUUGCACCGUCUUGUCAGUGCCGAGGAUAUCCAAAUAUUUGAAAACUUCCCCUUUGGCAAGAUCAAAAUGUUUGCUUCUUUCUACUCGGAUGACCCUCUUGUACCUUCCAGAAUCUCCUCACUCUGGGCAGACAUGUACAUGAACGAUAACACAUCCACCCAAACCUACGUGGAAGAGGGCAGAGUGCAUGAUGUGACUCCUGGCAUGAUCAAAAACUUUACAAGCUGGUUAGUUCAGGAAAUUUAG